AUGGCGGUACCACUGCGAUGUCCAUUGGCUGAGGACGCCUUGACCGGUCGCCCCGUCGCCACGACGUCGGGUGCCGCCUUCCGCCGUCCCGCUUCCACCAAUGGACGCGUGAGUCCUCUUUACGGGGCCACGACGGUUGGUGGGUUCGACAAACGCACACGUCGUUCGGCAGUCCGCCCACAUUCGCCGGUCGCCAGGUUCUCGAUUCCUAGUCCUGGUGGACAACCAGGACCGUUCUCUUCUUGUUUGCCAUCGCGCGCGGUUUCGGACAGCAAUCGCCGGGACGCGAAGACGGCCGUAACCCCAUCGGUUAUUUGUGCUAGCAAUUUCGUGCGGAGAGCACGUACUCGCGCAUCGUCCCGCUGGUGCCGUGCGACAUCACUGGAGUUCGAGUUGGCGGAGCCAUCUUUAUCGAAGGCGGUCCGAGGUUGUCGAAGAUACCGACGAUGCGCCAUACGAUACAACCCGGAGCAGCAAAAGAACGGAGGUGCCGAGGCGAUUUUCGCCUUAGCAGCUGAAGCGUACGACGUGCUCUCGGAUCCUCUUAGAAGGGCCGUGUAUGAUCAAUACGGUGAAGAGGGUCUUAAAAAUGGUGUGCCGAGACCAGAAGGAUUCGUGAAACCUUACGUCUAUCACGGCGAGCCGAUGCGAACCUUUAGGGAAUUCUUUGCGACGGAAAAUCCGUACGACGAUCUCCUAAAUAUUCUAACAGAGCCUCAACCUCUACUUGAAUUUCCCGAGGGUCGGGGUAUAAAACGGAAGGAGGAGCCCUUGAUUAAGACCCUGUUUCUAACUCUCUCGGAAGUAUUUUUCGGCGGAAUAAAGAAAAUGAAAAUCCAGAAGUUGGUUUUAGUCGGUGACGAUAAGUCGACGACGUUGCCGAUGGAGAAGAUCUUGACGAUACCUAUUAAGCCGGGAAUCCCAGCAGGUACCAGAAUAGUAUUUCCAGAAGAGGGUGAUCAAGGUCCUACGAAGAUACCCGCGGACGUUAUCUUCGUCACGGAGGAUCGGCCUCACGAAACGUUCUGGCGAGAGGGCUCGGACUUGCACACGACGGUCGAUAUCUUUCUGAAGGAAGCGCUGACCGGAACGGUGAUCACGCUCAACACCGUCGACGACAGAACUCUUCGGAUUCCAAUAACGUCAAUCGUUACUCCAGAUUACAUCAAACGCGUGCCGGGCGAGGGGAUGCCAGUCCCCGCAAAUCCCAAACAAAAGGGUGAUCUAAUUCUGAGAUUCAACAUCGAGUUCCCGAUAUAUUUGCCGUUGUCCAAUAAGAAUCGUAUUAAGAAAGCCUUGGAGGUAUCUCGUACGAGUAUUGAAAAUGCCGAGUACGUUCAUCGCCUCAUAUUGGCCAAUAAAAUGCGCAGAAAUGUCGACGACGACGUUCCACUGCGACGUGGCCGAAACGAUCGAUUGAAAUUCAUAUGUGAAACGUGAUUUCACAAAUAUCCGCGCGUUAUUCCGUAUGCAUAUUUACGUGGCAUCACUCGUCAUACAUUUUUCGACGUCGUGAAUUUUAUGAAAAAUUAUGUAAGAACGAAAGCUGCUUAAAAAAACCACCGCUUACGCAACCGGUCAUCCUUUUACCAAAUAUAAUUAAUAUAAUAAUUAAAUUAAUAUAAUAAUAUUAAUAAUUAAAUAUUGUUUCAAAUUAAUUGAAUAUUCUUGCAUGCACAAUCAUUUGUUGUGAAAACAUUGCAAAUAUAAAUGGUACCUACAAAAUAAUGCACGAUUCGAGAAGGUAAUAAAUUAUUUUACACAUGCAUAUUUUUAUAUUUUAUAUAUAUAGACAAAUUAACUUGUGUGUGUGUGU